GAAGAACUGAAAGGGAAUUAAGGAUGAAGGCAGAUGGUGUGAGAUCUUGUAGGGCAAGUAGAAGUAUGAAAAGUAAUAAAAGGGGAAAGGGAGGAAGAGGAAAAGAGAGAAGGAGGUGCUGGAAAAAGGUGGAGACUACGAGGAAAGAGGAACGGAGAGAGGAGGUCCUCAGUUCAGUUGUGAAGGCACUUCAGUCCUCUUUUUUUGGUAGGGCAGGGAGAUGUUUUAAUGUCUCCACACAUCUUUAAAGUAAAGGAGACAAGCUGUUUAGGACAAUGGACACCCUAUCAUAACUUCCCUUCAGCAGAAGUGAUUUUCAGCACUUCAAGACAAACAGAUUUGUUGAAAACAAAUGACCAUCCAAACCACGUGCCAAGAUGCUAUCUGAGGAUAUGAAAGAAGGGGACAUCACAAGAAAACAGGAGGACUAAAAGCCACAUGUUUUAAUUUAUCUUUAGGAACAAUGGGUCACUUGUCUUUUCGUAGGUGCAUCUUUAGCCUUAAGUGUUUAGGAUUUCCUUAAAAGACAAUCCACCAUGUUCAAACGUUGGCUGAUGGCCCUGGUGGCCCGUGUUGGCCUCAUUGUGCUGACCCUCUGCUGUUGCGUGCUGCUGCUGUAUCUCCUGGCCUGCAAACCUGUAUCUCACAGCAGCCAUCAAUCUUUGCUAUGGUCUGGAAGUGCCACCAGUAAGGAGAGGUACAUGGCUUUACUGCAGGAGAGGGAAGACUCUCACAGACAUUAUAUCAACAGCCUGACAAAGCAAAUAGCCCAGCUGAAGGAAGCUCUGCAGGAGAGGACGCAGCAGCUUCAGGAGUCCCUGGAUAAAGCUAAAAUCAAAGGGAUCCUACCUCAGGGUUUGGAGAGUCUGCACAACACCCCAACACAGUCUGAUCUGAAGGAGUUCUUCCGCUCCCAGCUGAACCAGGCAGAGGUGAACUCAGGUGUGAAGCUGCCCAGCGAAUAUGCACUAAUUCCUUUUGACACUUUCACCCUGCAGAGCGUGUACCAGCUGGAAACAGGGCUGACCAGACAUCCAGCAGAGAGGCCUGUGAGAAAAGACCGCAGAGAUGAGCUGAUAGGGACUGUGGAAACAGCUCUGCAUGUCCUGAAUGGACCCGAGCAUCAUACUGACAACAUCAGGAGAAAACACACAUUCUCCCCUUCAGACUUUAUCCAAGGGCUGACUCGCACAGAGCGGGACAGAGGAAGCAUUUACGAGCUGACGUUUAAAGGUGACAGGCCACAGGACUUCACGCAGCUUGUACUCUUCAGGCCUUUUGGCCCCGUGAUGAAAGUGAAGAGCGAAAUUGUGAACACGCAAAGCAUCAUCAUCAACAUCAUCGUACCUCUGUUGAAGAGGGUGGACACAUUCAAACAAUUCAUCAAAAACUUCAGAGAAGUAUGCAUCCAGCAGGACGGCAGGGUUCAUCUCACCGUUGUCUACUUUGGUCGAGAUCAGAUAGACAAGGUAAAAGCUGUGCUGGACCAGACCACUAGAGAGACUCGGUUCAGGAGCUUCACGUUGAUCCAGCUGAAUGAGGAGUUUUCUCGCGGCCGGGGCUUAGACGUGGGUGCCAGGGCUUGGAGGCGCAGCCAGAACAUUCUGCUCUUCUUCUGUGAUGUUGACAUUCACUUUACAGCCGAUUUCUUAACUUCCUGUCGUCUCAGUGCAGAACCUGGUAAGAGAGUGUACUACCCAGUGCUCUUCAGCCAGUACAACCCAUCUAUCAUCUACAGAAAUCAGACGCUCCUGCCUUCACUUCAGCAGCAGCUGGUGAUAAGGAAGGAGAGUGGAUUCUGGCGUGACUUUGGGUUCGGCAUGACAUGCCAGUACAGGUCUGAUUUCAUCAACAUAGGUGGUUUUGAUCGCAGCAUCAAAGGUUGGGGCCUGGAGGACGUGCACCUGUACAGGAAGUACCUUCACAGUAAGCUGAUGGUGAUUCGCUUUCCAACUCGCAGCCUUUUCCAUCUGUGGCACGAGAAGAGCUGUGCAGAUGAGCUUCCUCCAGACAAGUACAAGAUGUGUAUGCAGACAAAAGCCAUGAGCGAAGCUUCACACAGCCAGCUGGGGGAGCUCUUCUUCAAACAAGAGAUUCAGGUUCACGCUCAGAAACAGAUGUAACAAGGAACCUUAUGAGAGAAGUUAGUUUAUAUGAUAAAAACAUUAUCAUUCACUGAUAAAGAGGAUGUUUUUGUGAUGAGUUCAUGAUGAGAUUCAUGUUAUGUUUUGUGCUGAUAAAACUGAGACAUCUUA